AUGUCUGAUCAAGUCACUCAUCCAAAUAAAUUCAGUGAAUUGAGAAGUACAUAUAAAUGCUACAUUGAUACGUAUACUGCGUUAUACCAAUUGAAAACGGAAAAUGUAGAAGGAUUAAACUCGAUUUACAAUUUGAUCAAAACAGAGUUGAUAGAUUCAAAGAAAUGUCUUCUCAAUAAUCUUGUUAGAGAUAUUUUAAAUAUCAUUCCAUAUAAUAAUCGCUAUGCAAAGUCAUAUUUGAAACUUGCCAAACUCAUCUGCGAUGAAUAUCACGUAACAGAUGUCAAAGGUAUUCAUAAAAAUUCCAAAUAUCUAUUUUGCAAAGAAUACGGACAAACAAUUAGAAAUUUUGCUCAAAUCGAAAGAAAUGAAUCACCAGAUCUCGAAAUUUAUUCAGAAAAUUCAAUUUUUAGAGCCAUUAUGUAUGAUGACCUACAAAGAUUCAUCACAUUCACAGAAACAGAAGGUUUUCGUGAUCAUACAACUACAUGGAACGAUUUAUUUGCGAAUUUAAAAGAUUCGCUUUCAAUUUUUGAAGUAUGUUGUUACUACGGUUCAGUUAAUUGUUUCAAGUUGUUAAUAACGAAAUUUCACGAAAAAGUUACUAAAAGAUGUCUUCAAUUAUCAUUUUUAGGAGGAAAUCAAGAAAUCAUGAGUGAAUGUCUGAAAUAUCAAAAGCCAGAUGAAAAAUGCAUGAAGUUUGCAAUUAUUUCACACAACAUUGAUUUUGUUACAUUCUUGAUGAAUGAAUACAAUCUUAAAAUCGAUUUAUUAGAUUGUGGAGAUUAUUAUAAUCUUGAAUCAUUUUUUGUUUAUUUCGAUCAAACAAAUGAUUUUAACACUUGCUUUGUAUAUUCACCGAUAUUUGAUAUUUCAUCACUUUGCAAAUAUUUUCUUUCACUCGGUGCAAAUAUCAAUGCAACAAAUCAAAAUGGAAAAGCAGCCAUUCAUUUUGCAAUUGAAACAAAUAAUAAAGAAUUAGUUGAAUUUCUUGUUUCGCAGGGAGCAAAUAUCAAUGCAAUAGUAUAUGGAGCAACACCUCUUAUAUAUGCUGUAGGUGAAAAUAAUAAUGAAAUCAUCAAAUUCCUUCUAUCACAUGGUGCAAAUCUCAGUGGAAAAGGAAAGGACGGAAGAACUGCUCUUCAUAUAUCAACAUGUAAUAAUAACAAAGAGAUAGUUGAGCUUCUUCUUUCACAUGGAUCAAAUAUCAAUGAAAAGGAUGAAUAUGGAAAAACAGUUCUUCAUUUUGCAGCACAAUAUAAUAGUAAAGAAACAGCCGAGUUUCUUAUUACACUUGGAGCAAAUAUCAAUGAAAAGGAUAAAUAUGGAAAUACUGCUCUUCAUGUUGCAGCACAACAUAAUAAUAAAGAAACAGCUGAGCUUCUUAUUUCACAUGGCGCAAAUAUUGAAGAAAAAGAUACUAAUAAAGAAACUCCCCUUCAUAUUGCAGCUGCAUAUAAUAGUAAAGAAACAGCUGAGAUUCUUCUUUCACAUGGCGCAAAUAUUGAAGCAAUUGAUGGUAUUGGAGAAACCCCUCUACAUAGAGCAGCAUGGUACCAUAGUAAAGACACCGUUGAGCUUCUUCUUUCACAUGAUGCCAAUCUCUUUGCAAAAAAUUAUAAAAAUGAUACAGUACUUCAUAAGAACGCACAUAAUAGUGAUAUAGAGAUAGACAACCUUCUUAUUUCAUAUGGUGCAGAUGUCGAAGAAAGAAAUGAUCAAAAUAAAACAGCCCUUCAUCUUGCAGUAUCAUAUGGUUAUAUAGAAAAAGUCGAAUUACUUCUUGAAAACGGUGCAAGUAUCGAAAAACAAUGUAAUCGUGGUCCUUCGGUUCUUCAGCUUGCAGCAGCUCAAGGUAAUCAAACAAUGAUCGAAUUUCUCAUUUCACGUGGCACAGACAUUGAUGAAAAAGGCACUGCAUAUAGAACAGCUCUUCAUGAAGCCGUAUAUAAUAAUCAUAAAGAAACAGCUGAACUUCUUCUUUCUCAUGGUGCAAAUAUCAAUGUAAAGGAUAUGAUAGGAUACACCCCGCUUUUUUAUGCAAUAAAAAAUAAUAAUAAAGAAACAGCCGAACUUCUUCUUAAACACGGUGCAAAUAUCAAUGAAAAAAAUAAUAGUGGAAAAACUGUUGUUGAUAUUGCUGUGCUUGAGAAUAAGAGUGAAAUGAUUAAUCUUCUUGUUUCAUUUGGUGCAAAAAUCGAUUCUUGA